AUUCUUAUUCACUUUUACGAUUACGAUUAUACCUAUUGUAUAUUAAUUAAUUAAACAUGGAAAUGGAAAACAAAUACAUAAAGUGCUAAAAUACUAAGAGUGGAACAACACAACAAACUGCAGAACAUUUCAGUUACAUUCCAAAAUUAUAAAGAAUGGUCUUAAAGUUUAGAUUUUCUGUAGACUAGAUCUAUUGCAAUCUGACAAGAAUGAAAAAUAAAGUUUGUAUUAAAAUAAUAAGAAAUUAUGAAAUAUCCUAUCACACCCUUGCGAUUUCUACAAAAGAAUUGGCUUUUAGUAGGUAUUUUAUGCUGUAUUUUUGUAGCUGGUAUUUACCCCAAAUUGGGAUCUAAACAAGGACCUUUACGAACGGAGUACACUGUAAAAUACGGUGCAAUAUUCAUUAUAUUUUUAGUAAGUGGUAUAUCUUUGAAAACAGAUAGCAUUUUUAAAACAUUCCAACAAUACAAGUUACAUUGUUUUAUUCAAUGUUUCACAUUUAUCUUCAUACCCAUUUAUGGAGUAAUUUUAAUUCAGUUUUUAUACAUUUUUAGAGUUCAUCCAUGGGUAUUAAAAGGAAUCACUACAGUCGCAAGUAUGCCCCCUCCUGUAUCCAGUGCUGUAAUUUUGACCAGAGCUGCACAAGGAAAUGAAACUGCAGCAUUAUUUAAUUCAAUUUUGGGCAGUUUUAUAGGUAUUAUAGUAACUCCUGUUUUAUUGCUUCUUCAGUUGGGUUCUACAACAAUAGUUCCUCUUCUAGACACUGUAUUUCAACUGGCAGUAACAGUACUUUUCCCUUUGAUGAUUGGCCAAGUUUUAAAGAAACACUACAAAUUGAAAACCCAAACGUUGCCUUUAAACACAAUCAGUCAGUGUGCUCUAUUAUUCGUUAUUUAUACUACAUUUUGUGAUACAUUUCUAGUACCAGAAACGGGACUUUCCGCUUUAGACGUACUUUUUACAAUAUUUUCAGUUCUGUUAAUGCAACUGAGUUUAAUGAUGAUCAGCUUUUCUUUAGCAAACAUGUUUAUAAAAUACUUCAAUCCGCAAGAUAUUAUAGCCAUAAUAUUUUGUUCGACGCACAAAUCUUUAACGCUAGGCAUUCCUAUUCUUCGAAUAAUGUUUCACGGAUACUCCCACUUAAGCCAAAUAAGCUUACCACUUUUGGUGUACCAUCCUACUCAGAUAAUUUUAGGUGGUUUAGUCGUUCCUCAGUUGAAAGAUUGGAUGCAUUCGCAGAGAGCAAAACGACCACCAGUGUAGAUAUCCAUAGUGAAUCAUAAAUAGAGAGCGCCGAUAAAUUAUGACGUCCCUAUAGUCCGACAAUUUUUAAUUAAAGGUGACUUAUCUACAAAUUGAUCUAAACGGUAGCGGCAACCAUGUAAAAUAUAUCAGCAGUAUUCUUACCGGGGGUCAUUUUUAUUGUGUAUGCUUCGCGCAUGUAAAUAAGUGAAAAAGUAAUGUAAAUUUUCCCCCCGUAACAAUAUAAAUUGAUGCGAUUCACGAGUGUAUAGUGAGACAAGUUCAUUGAAUAGUUUGAAAGAUUGGUAAACAUCAAUAUUUUGCUGGUCUAUAUAUAUAUAUAUAUAUAUAUAUAUAUAUAUAUAUAUAUUUACUUUCUUAGAAAUAAUGGGAAUGAGAGAAUGAUAUUUUAGUUUAUUCCUUCCAGAUUAUACAUGUGCAUAGGCGUAGUGUGUUCUAUUUCUUGGGAAUAUAUUUAUUAAAUAUACUUCAUUAUUAACUUUAAAAUAGUUUUGGGGUAAGUAAAGUAAAUUUGAGGCAAGUUUAUUCUUUUAGAAUAUGGGUUAAGAAAACAUUAACGGGCGCUCAAUAUACAAAUAGAAAUUUGACAAUUAAUUUUUUAGAUUGGAUUAAAAACACAUAAAUAAAGAAUAAUUUGCAACUCACAAGAUUUUUUUUCUCAUUUUCAAGGAAAACAGUACAAUUUUUAAUAAAGGAACAUAUUGUAUCUUAAAUGGAAAUUAAAUUUUAAGGUGAAAAUUUUCGAAACAUUCGGGAUCUAGAUGCAUUCACACCUUUUACAUAAAUAAAUAGUAUUACUUUUGUACAUCCUACAUUUUUGCGCUAUCGUUUCUUUUUGUAAUGUGGCCAAUAUUGUCGAAUCUGGUUUCAUCUGGUAAAGCAAAUUUAGAUUGACGUCCAUGUACUAAGUUUGACACUGAUGUAGCGGUUUCUUCACUAUUAUAAAUUAUAAAUACAAAUCUAUGUUGGCUCAUGCUUUCUCUUAUAAUGUGCACUUCUUUAUCCUCAUCCGUUGACUAAUGCAUAUAAACUUGAAGCAGAGUGUAAACCAGAUAAUAUACAUAUGCUAAUAUUUUUUUAAAUCUGUUAUUUAUUUCCAAAUCGUGACAGUUAUUCUGGGAUGCAUAAAUAUUUGUAAAAUAUAGAAUGCUCUCAAUUACUUUUUUAUCAAAAAGUAGUUAAAAAACUUCAAUAUAUGACUUGCCCCAUGGUUGGCUCUUAUAUUGUCUAAAUAUUAAUCAGACUGAUGUUGAAUUACUACUGAGCACGAAUGAGUAUGUUGUUACAACUUGAGACAAAAUUUGGAUUUACUAUUUUUGCCUGGUUGUUUCUUUGGACGUUUAAUUUUUGGUUCAAAGGAAUAUCAGAAUUGUCAGAAUUCCUAAUCACUUGUAUUUCAUAUGUACCGGCAAUAACCGGUUUUAUUGAUUCUUCACAAAUAAUAUUAUCAUUAAUGUCUUCUACAUCAGAAACUUUGUAAUCUAAUCUCGGCGGCAAAUAAACCACAUUAAGUGAGUCAGCAUUUUCACAAUUUGAGUCUUCUUCUAACAAAGCUAUUAACUCUUUAGUAGUUAGUGCCAUCCUCAUUUCAUAUUUCACGAAUUUAUUGAAAUAAACAAAUGUACUACUAUAUAAAUGCAUUCACAUGAUAGUUUAGCUUAUUUUAUUUUAAUUUAUGUGAACUUCCUAAUAUAUUUUUAUAUUUAUAUAAACAAAUAAACACAAGGAAACUUUCAAAUUAAUUAAAAAAAAAAAAAACAAAUAUAACGUUUACAGUACACAGUAAUUCUAUAAAUAGAGAAUGAUGUGUAAUGACAAGAUCUAUUGUUAAAAUUUCAGAUUGUUUUUAGUCUAAUGAAAAAAAUAUGUAUUUUCCAAAGUUUUCCGUUUUUUGAAGUUCUGUACUAGGUACUCUCUAAUAAGAAUAAAAUUUUACAUUAUUUUGUUAGAUAAUUAUAAGAUACCUGUUAAAAGACACAUGAUAAUAUAAUAAUUAUGUCUGUCUUACAUUUAAUUUUUACGUAAUUACUUACGUGUUUAAAUAAAUAAUUAAAUUUUGUUUUGGUACGCCUCUGCAAAAUUGAUAAGUGGAAUACGAUUUCGUUGAAAAGUUAUCGUUAAGGGCUACGUUAAGUGCGAUGUUACCAAGUAAUCACAUUCAAUUAAAAAUUAUUUUAGUAUAGUUUUAACACGGUGGGGACGUAAUAAUGUUUUAAAAUUAAAGUGUGGGUUUUGUAAUAUUUUCUUUGAAAGGUUUUUUUAAUAAUGUGUUUAGCCAUACUUAACAGACUAAUGCUUAUAUAGGAUAAUAAGAAGUAUUUUAAUUUAAUCAGAAUAAUUUUAAAAUAAGCGAACUGAAAUAUUUAGUUAAACAGUACAUAAUACUUUUCAGCUAAAUUAAAUGCUCAAAAUGCCAUCUACCGGUGUCUUGACAAUAAGCUAAUCGAUGAACAAAUUCUUGCACAUUACCAAUAACUCUCGGAGCAAUUCUAUGUCUAUUUUAUUGUUUAUCUGCAUUGAUUAUAAAUAUCACCAUAGAAAAAAAUAGGGAGGUUUAAGAUCUGGAGAUUUUGGGGACUAGUAUUGGUUUUUGUCUACUAAACCACCUCAUAAGAAAACACAGGUUUCAUCAUCAUUUUUCGUUUUCAUAUUUUAUUUAAAUUCUCGUCAUAUUUCAUAAUUUUUUCACAAUAAAACACAACGACCUUCUAUCGCAACUCUACAAAUUGGCGAACAGGUUAGAUUGUAAUAUUACUGUAAUUUAUUUUAUUAGUACAUUUAGAACUAAUUGUAUUAAUUUAUUGCAUUUAUUUAAUAAAAUAUUAUUCGGG